CGGUAAUUCAAAAACCUCUUACGGAUUAAGGCCCUCAGGAUGAAGUGCCCUAUCCUCUUCACGAGUGUCUUGUCAUGCUUCCUGUUAGUAUCCCUACUCCCCGUACAAUCCAUGCAAUUCAUCUCGAAAACGGCGACAAUCUCCGACGGCAAAGGAAUCGGCUCAGUGGCUGCUACCGCAGACGCGGCAAAAGCCCGCGAUAUAAACGACGUGAAGGACUUGAGGGAACCUCUUUUACCAUCCCAACACCCUCAAAAUCCACAUUAUGACCAACAUCCGGAAGAUGAAAUCUUCCAUAACUCGCACAGCGAUCGCCCCCUACCGCCACUUCAUUCCAAGUAUAAUCCAUUCAGAAAAAUGAAGUUCACGGGCCUUAAAAGAUUCUUUGGUAAAUACUUCAAACUCCCAAACUUCCUCAACAAAUUCUUUAAGUUCAUGACCAAAGGUUUCGUAACCGUCGAAAGGCCAUUCGGAAAAAGCGUCGAGCAAAUGGACUACCUAACUCAAAUUCCAACAGACAGCCAGAUCCUCGCUCGCGUCUCACCAGCGUUUGCUGAGGUUCCAUAUCUGGCCGACCAGCCUCAAUUUAUCAUUGAUGCAAGGAACGAGCUGGAACAACUCAAGGGGGGUCACGCGAUCUACGAGAAGGAACAGAAGGAGAGACAAAUGUUGCUCGUCAAAUCACUCCUCAUGCUCAGCAGAAAGCCAGAAUUGAAGGAAGAAGCAUUGGCUGCGAUGGAAACAGUGAUGUCAACUCUGAAACGCUGGGAAAAUGCUGAUCCAGAAAAGUUUGCACCGCCCCCACCUCCAAGGCUCACACCUUACAUCAAGGCUGCUCACUAUGUGAUGACUCAUGAAGGGAGCGACUUGGCUCAAAGAUUGCUUAAAACUACCGAAGGAGGCGGCGGACACUUCGAAGCGCAUUUGAAGAGACAAACAAUGGAGAGCUGGCUCAAAAUUUUCAAAGAAUACAAGUCCAAGGAUGUUCAUCAACUAUACGAAGCGAUGGCUGCCAAGGAGGUUUCUGAAGCUGAAGCAUCCAAGAAACUAGUUGAAUGGUCUGCCCAGGUAAUCAAGCCACAACCAAGCCAUGUACAGGACAUGGAUGACGUCGUUUUUGCACUCGAGACUCUCUACGUCCACUCUUUGCAUAAACCCGAAGGUCUAGGUGCUCGAAACCCUGCGCUUGAACAUCUCUUGGCUGCGAGACACGAAUGGCGAAAUCAGCUUGCAGAAGAUCGCGCAGUUCCUGCGGCCAUAGAUGUAACUACUCACUUAGCAGCCCAAGAAGCCUCUAAAUUGCACUCUGCGGAGCUUGAAGAAGAAGAAAUUGCCAAGUAG